AAUUGAGGCUUAAGUUUUCAAUAUGCGCAAACCGUGACUGAGCUCCUUUAGAAAAAUCAGUCUUUUCUUAACUGAACAUGAACUACUUGAAAAAAAAACUCUAAAUGUAACCAAGGUAGCACGUACAAUAAAAAAAUAAAGCCAAAAAAGGAAAUUGAUCAUUUAUUUCUUCAUUUAUUCUUUCCUUCCUUAAUUCCCUCCUGCCUUCCUUUCUUCGUUCCUUCAUUCGCCUGGCCAUUCAUUCAUUCAUCCAGCUACUAAUUUAUUCCUUGCUUCACUGGUUAGUUUCCGUAAAGACUAAUGAUCCAGGCUUCCGCGACGGAGUCGCUUUACCAAAACAGAAUUUACGAGAAACUUGCACCACGGAACAGGCUGAACAGUCUUGUGCAGCCAACCUGAUACAGAAGUGUCUUUUAUUUUGAGCCACCGAGAAAAUCUGAAAAAUGAAACAAAUGUCUCCUUAACCUGGCAGAGGUAUUAUUUCCUCAUUCUGCCUCUAGUUACUGAAGAAAAAAAACCAUCACCGCUGAGAAAUAGAAAAGAGAAAACCUCUGGAACCAGAAUAUUCCGCUGAGGGAGUUCUGAGGGCGAAAAUGAAAAUGCCUUUUCAGUCUAUCUGAAAUUAUGUGAGACAGGUUGUCGUUCCAGUGCGUCGCUUAGCCCUGUCGCGGCGUGAAGAAUGGGAAGGAAUUAAGGAGUGGCUUUUCAGUCCAUCAAAUUCCAACAUAUUCCACGCAGCCGACGAUGCCGAAGACAGCUUCGAAGGCGACUUGAGACAAGAUGAUCGCACCAAGCUAAGUAGAAAGCACAAGAACGGUCAAAACUACAAACGGGGGUUCACAUUGAAUGUUGCCUUGAUUAAAGAAUAUUCGCCAGGAUACACUCAAAGUUUUCACAAUGGCAUUUUCUCCUGAGCGACUGAACUUUUUCAAGUUAGCAACUAUUGUGCUUGAUGAGUUCCCAGUCGCCGCGCGUCUUGCCACUACACCUGGCACUCCAAUGUACGACGACCCUGAAACGGUUAAGAGCAAUGUUCUUGAAAAAAAGGGGGAUAAAAUUGGAGUUGCGCCAACACUGAACAAGUCCAACGAGGAGUGUCCAACCGCAAAUUCUACAAUCUCAGCUCCGGUCAAAGCCACUCACUCUGAUCAAACCUUCGCCAUGCAAGACGGGACUGGAGACGUGUAUAACCGCAUUUUGGCUGAAAGACGGUGUGUUAACAGACCUGGAUUAUCGCUUGUUAGCCGCCCUGAAUAUUUUCCCGGAAGCACUGGACACCGUGGAAUAUUUUUUUUGUUGUUGUUGCAAAUUUUGCUUUUUUGCGAUAGUAGUACGGAAAAAAUCGACAACGACACCUUUGAUGGUUACAUGCAGCUGAUAAAGGAUGCCUUCACUGCACUUGGUCAGGACACCACCAGGAUCGAUGAGAUUAGAAAGUUGUUUGGAGAAGACUUCCCCCCCGCAAGGAUACACAAGUUGAAGGAAAAGUUAAAGAGAGGAAAAGGUGCUGCCGUCAAGCUCAAACAGAUUGACAAAAUCGAGUUCGAAUUAGCAAUUUUGAAGAGAAAACUGACAGAUGUCGAAUCAGGCGUUGAAUGUGUUCAAGAUGGGUUCACACACGUGAUGACGAGUAUGGAAGGUCUGCUGUCAGAGAUGAAGGCACUAAACGCAGAUAUUGCAAUGCAAGAGGAACGCUCAAAAGGUCCGCUGUUUCCAUACUCCGGCAUACCUGAUAAGAUACCACACUUUAUUGGUCGCCAAGAAGAGAGCCAAGUUAUCCUGGAUCAUUUAACAGCGGGAGACACUCGACUGGUUGAUGUCUGGGGUCCACCAGGAUUUGGCAAGACGUCAGUGGCCAUUAACGUAGCACAUCAUUUGCGAGCGAUGGAGAUUCCAGUCUACUUAGUAUCUCUUCGCGGAAUGACAAGUAAAGGUGAAUUAGUGUCAAAGCUGUUCAGUAAAUUUGCCGUCACUAAACAGGUACCUCAUCCUCAAAUCUCCGCCCCCGAUUGGCUCAUCGGUUGUUUACGGCAGCUGCAGGAUCGCCACGUCCUAAUUCUGGAUAAUGCUGACGACGUUCUGGAAUCUGGAGAUGCCAAACUCAGGGAAGAGGUACUUCGAUUUACGGAGGAGAUUCUCACUGAAUGCAAUCACAUCAAGCUUCUCUUCACUACUCGUGAACGUCUGGACUACCUGAGCCACAAGGUUCCUGUCCAUCAUGAAAGAGUUGGUGUACUAGAUGAAGUAUCCUCGGUGAAUUUAGUGCAUUCCCUAUUGCCAAAUUGUUCUGGAGAUGAUUGCAGUAGCAUAGUUAAGGUAUGUGGACAGGUUCCUCUGGCAAUACGAUUGAUGUGUAGCAUUAUCAGAGAAGAAAAUGCAUCGCCAGACGAACUUUUAGAAGAACUGAAGAUUUUGCCCCUCGUUGAAGUUUUGGACAAUGCAAGUUUUUCCGAUGAUACGCGACUGAAGAGGAUGAUAGACAAAUCUUUUCAAAGACUUACAGAUCAAGAGAAACGCGCAUUCGUGUCACUGGCUGCUUUUCAGGGAUGUUUUGGGAUAACAGAUGCGACGACCGUGUUACAUUUGAAGACAGACCGAACAAAGAAAAUUCUUCGAUCACUGGAACGGAAAUCUUUAAUAGAAUCCUGCGUCGAAGAUACGGAAACUGCCUUUAGAGUCCAUCCAGUCCUCCGAUCUUUUGUUGAAGAAAAGAAAAGAACUGACCAAGGCUUUCUUUCCGCAAAACUCAGAUUUUACUAUUUAAAAAUCAAACGUUUUGCAAGAGCCUUUAAAGAGUUUUUAACAGGUCGCUUGUGUGGGGCCGUUUCUAAUUAUUGUAAGAAAGGCUCCCGGCUUUCAUCCCUUUUUGAUGAUGAGCUCUGCCGAAGAGUGGUAGAAGUAUUGUCCAAGGCAGAGCGUUUUCUCUCUGUUGUUCGAUCCUAUUUUGAGAACCGCUAUGAAAUAGCACGAAAAGAAGCAAAGAAAAGGCAAAACAUGGCUGCCAAACGGACGUCGCCUGAUACCGAGGAAACCAGGGCUCAAGUGAAGAAGUUUCAUUCUUGGUCUGUACCACCAAGUAAAAAGCAAGCUACGAACGAAAGCGAGGGAAGACCUCUGCGGAUUGUGAAAGUGUUUAUUCCAGUGCAAGAAGGGAAAGCUGAAGAACAGGCUCUCGCCUUACCUGUUGCAGAUCAAGACCCUCUUCGUCCUCACAUAUGCGACUCACAAGAUGUUGUUGUUCAACUACAAGAAGAUCUGCAGUUGGAACAAGUCUCUUUAGAAACUACAGAGCCAGAUACGGAGGGCUUGGAAACAAGUGAGGGGCAGGCGCUUAUCUUACCUUCUUCCGUUCAAGACGCUCUUCUGUCAAAAUCAUGUGAUGCAGACGAGGUCGUGAAUCGACUACAAGAG